UGUCUGCAAAACAAAUAGGAGAGGAGGUGCUUGAGAAAAAUUAAAUGAAUUCAUAAACCCGGCUAUAUAGCCCCAAGCAAGCCACCUAAACAAGUGUUGUUUAACCACACAUAUGUAACAAUGUCCUUAACCAAUGGAUCCAAUCUCCAAAUUAAUCUCUCUCUCUCUCUCUCUCUCUCUCUCUCCAUAGACAUCAUCUGGUUCAGAUUUCGGCGGAAGAUCGAGGAAAGAAGAAAGAAAGAGAGCCUCUCUUUCUUCUUCCUCCUCUUUCUUCUGGUUCUCCUUCUUUGAUGGAACAUCCACUAAACCCUGCACUUUAUUCCAAUCACCACCAUUUCUCCAAAGAAUGACUUCUCCUUCUUCUGUUGCACCUCCACCUGCAUAUGUCAUGCUGUCAGAGGACAACAACAACAGCGACCACCAUGGAAGCAACCUCCGUCCUCCUCCCUAUCGCCGUAACGUCCCCCGCUACCACUCCGCUCACCACCCCAAGAAAAGAACCAACUGCUGCCUAAAAUGCAUUUGCUGCUGCUGCUGCUUCAUAAUCCUCUUCCUCUUAAUAUUAGUCAGCCUCGUCUUCUAUUUCUACACCUUUUACAAGCCCCAAAUGCCUUCUUACCAAGUCCAGGGCCUCACCGUCCAAGCUUUCAGUCUCCAGCCCGAUUUCAGCCUUGUCUCCGAGUUCCUUGUCACUGUUAAAGCCGAUAACCCUAACGAUCACAUUGGUUUCAUCUAUGGUAAGGAUAAUUCAGUGGCCGUGGCGUACGAGGACUCGACGCUUUCUUCUGGGAAACUGCCUUCCUUUCACCAGGGUCAUAAUAACGCAACCAUGAUGAAUGUUUUGUUGAAAGGGAAGAGUGAGUUCGGGUCAGGACUUCAGGAGGCUCUGAUGCAGAACAGGAAUAGCGGGAAGAUUCCGCUGCUGGUGCUGGUGAAAGUGCCGGUGAGCCUCAUCCUGGCCGAGAUUCCCAUGAGGCAUUUCGUGGUUUUCGUUAAUUGUUCCCUGGUUGUGGAUAACUUGUCCCCAAACAAGAAAAUUAAGAUCUUAUCGAGUAAAUAUAACGUGGCAUUUUCAAUCUGACUUCUCCAACAAUUUCUCAAUCUCAUGCUUGAUGAUGAUGAUGAUCGUUAUCAUCUUCUCUUCUUCUUCUUCUUCUUUUGUAUAUUCUGAGAUAACAAAUCAUCGGAGUUUCUCUUAGACCUCUUGUUCGUGUAAUAUUUCAGUUGCUUUUGUUUACCAAGGAUUAAUAUAUGUUAUAAAGAAAGAUGCAUAUAAAUAUGGAGGUUUAGCUUGUGUAUAGUAUAUAGGUUGAUUUUGGAUUUGGCAAUUGAGUGGAAGGAAUGUAAUUGCAUGCAAACAUUCAUAAUGAUCAAUGUUAGACCUAUGUUCUGUUUUGAUAAAUUAAAGAAAAAAUCUAAGUGCACCAAAUUCAAUU